AUGUCUCUAGUUUUACGUAGAUCGUACUCACUCAAGUUCAGAAAGAACGUGCAAAUUUGUAAUAAGUGUAACUCGUGGCCUGUUGGUGUUUUUAUUAUAUCUAAGCGAAGUUUUAACGAUGACAAAGUGAAUGACCAUGGCUUUAGCAGUAGCAGUAUUAUAAUGGAAAAUGGAUACAAUGUUCAAGAACUUCCAAUACUUAUAAGAAAACUUAAAGAUAUAAGUGAUUUUGAAAAAAUUCCCAAAGUAGAGUCACCGCAAAGUACUGGAGAUUCUCAUAAUAAUUAUCAUGUCAUUCAAGCAGAGUUUAAACAAUGUAUGGAUUUACGCGAUGUGUUUUUAUUGAUUUCAAGGUGUACUAAAAUCACUCCAAGCAUUGCAUUGGGUGCAAUAGAACGCAUUUACGAUUUAGAAAACAAUCCAACAGCAUUAGUUAUCGAUAAUGAUAUCAAAAAUGAUUAUAUCAGUGUUGCAAAAGGGGCUAUUUUAAAUAAACUACUAAAAAUUGUUAUGAAAACUGAAGACACAUAUACUAUUCUGAAUAUUUUAAAAACUGUUUCUUCAGUAAUAGAACCAUACAAACAUAAUUUUUGUGAAGAGCUUCUUGCUAGAGUUGUUGAUAACAAACUGACAUUGAACCAACUUUGUGAUUUUAUGAGUUAUUUAAUAGCUAAUAAUAAUGAUCCUAAAUAUUCAGAACUUGCAGAUAAACUGUGGGUGGGAUUUAUUGAAAGGGAGAAUGAAAUUAAUGAAAACAAUAUUGUACACAUAUUUAAAAUCUUGCCUGGCUUAAAAUCGAGUAGAAGGACAAUAUUCGUUUUAUUGGAACAGAAAUUAUCAGAUAUAUGGUAUAAAAUUAGGGCACCAUGUAUGCAAGAAAUUUUAGAGAUAUUUCUUCGAGAGAAAUGCUUCUCACUACAGUCUUUUGCAGUUGUUGGUACCUGGUUAAAUAUGAAUAUUCAUGCUUUAGAUGAAGACACUCUGUUAGACAUAAUAACAAAGCUCACCACUUUAAAUUAUACUGAUAAUCAUGUAGAAAAAGCUGUUGAAAAAUAUAUGAGACAUAAGAGUGCUAAAAUUACAUCUCAUGUGUUGAUAGUGGGUAUUUUAAAAUAUUGCAUGCAAUUUCAAAUUCGAAAUGAAUACAUACUUAAUGGAUGUGGUCAAUUUCUUUUAAAAAAUAAAGAUUAUAUACCUACAAGUUUUUUGAAGUGCUUUAUUUAUCCAUUUGGCUACUUAAACUUUUACCCAAAUUGCUAUGAAUUUUGGACAGCGGUUGAGGAAACCUUAGUUGAAAAAUUUGAGAAAAUGAAUAUUGAUGAUCUUUCUUUGAUAGUCCUUUCUUUUAUUUAUGCUGGGAAAUAUCCUUUGCAAUUAGUAAAUAAAAUGUUUACUUCUGAAUACUUAGCAAGAAUUAAUAAACAUGAGAUCAUGAGGCGUCUUAAUUUAAUUGAUACUGCAUUAUCUUUGGAGUGCCAAGAGUAUCCAGGACCUUUGCUACCCAAAGACCAUUGGCUACAACCUGUCACACAGGACAAGAGAAUCAAGAACAUGUUAGAUAAGAUAAAUGGCAUAUUUUCUUCCAUUGUAGAAGACUCAAUGAAAGUAUCAAAUGCUGUAAUGAUACCAAACUUUUGUUCAGAUCAGACAUAUCUAAUUGAUGUGAUGCUACAUGAAUCAGAAAUUGGACAAAAUUUGUGUAACUGGAAACUCAAAUCUAUGAAGAAUAAAUUUAUCGCAAUUUUAGUCCAUCUUCCCGAUCAUUAUUGCUGUGACAACAGUACACUUAUUGGACCACAGACUUUAAGGAUUAAACAUUUACGUAUGUUAGGUAUAAAAGUGGUGAGUCUAAAGUAUUCAAAGCUCAGUCAACUUUACACUUCACAUGAUAAACCAGCUUUGAUAAAAUAUUUAAAAGACAGCAUUGGCAAUGCUCUUCCAUGUUUGUAA